AUGCCUGCCAAACGCUUCUUGGGCCUUACCGGCACCAAGCUUCAGAUCGCCAUCGGUCUGCUGGCCGGUAUGGAUUUCUUGCUGUUCGGUUACGAUCAAGGUGUGACUGGUGGUUUGUUGAAUCUGGACGGAUUCCGAAAAUAUUUCCCAGCAAUCGAUACUACCGCCGGUCACACAGCUGGAUGGUCUUCUGCUGCUAAGAGUAACCAAUCUACCCGCCAGGGUAUUGUCGUCGCCGCCUACAAUCUAGGAUGUUUCUCUGGAUCGAUUCCAACUAUUUGGAUUGGUAACAUGCUUGGUCGUCGCAAGGCUAUUUUCAUUGGUUCUGCUAUCAUGAUCGUCGGUGCUCUGCUGCAAUGCACUUCUUAUGAUCUGGCUCAACUUAUUAUUGGUCGUCUGGUUACUGGAUUUGGAAACGGUAUUAACACAUCCACCGUACCCACCUGGCAAUCCGAAUGUUGCAAAUCCCAUCGCCGUGGUCAAAUGGUCAUGAUAGAGGGCGCUAUGAUUACGUGUGGUAUUACCAUCAGUUAUUGGAUCGAUUUCGGACUCAUGUUCGCCGAUCCGAGUGAAGUAGCCUGGCGUUUCCCCCUGGCAUUCCAGAUUUUCUUUGCAGCAAUUAUUCUGUUUUUCGUCAUGUCUCUGCCCGAGUCCCCUCGCUGGCUCAUUCUGAAGGGCCGCGAAGAUGAGGCUCGUGAAGUCCUCGGCUCUCUCAUGGGAGAUGAAACCGAUGAGCUCUUCCUCGAUACCGAAUUUACUGCUAUUAAGGCCACUGUGCUAGAGAUGGCAAAGGGCAACCUGAGUGACAUGUUCACUAUGGGUCCUGAUCGUCACUUCCACCGCACCAUGCUUGGCUAUGUCAACCAGAUGUUCCAGCAGAUCUCAGGUAUUAACUUGAUCACCUACUAUAUUCCCACCAUCAUUGAGGAUCAAGUUGGUUUGUCUGGUACUCUUUCUCGCCUUAUUUCAGCUUGCAACGGCACGGAGUAUUUCGCAGCUUCAUGGGUUGCUGUCUUCACUGUCGAGAAGUUCGGUCGUCGUACUCUCAUGAUCUGGGGCGCUGUCGGCAUGUCACUAUCCAUGGUUGCUUUGGCCGUCUCUGAUCAGAUCUCCUCAUCGAACAUAGGCAAUUCCAAGGGUACCAGUGCUGGUAUUGCUCAGUGUGUUUUCCUUUUCGUUUUCAACACAUGUUUCGCCGUUGGAUGGCUUGGUAUGACCUGGCUCUACCCUGCCGAAAUUGUGCCAUUGAAGAUUCGUGCCCCAGCCAAUGCCCUGUCCACCUCGUCAAACUGGAUCUGGAACUUCAUGGUCGUGAUGAUCACCCCCGUUGCUUUCCAGAGCAUUGGGUACAAAACCUAUGUUAUCUUCGCUGUUAUUAACGCCUGUAUCGUGCCCGUCGUCUACUUCUUCUUCCCCGAGACCACCAACCGUUCUCUGGAGGAGAUGGAUCGUUUGUUCCGCAAGUCGAAUAGUGUGUUUGACAUUGUCAGCCUUGCUCGUGAAGAGCCACACAUGUAUGGCCCUAACGGUGAAUUGCUUCGCACUCUUGAUGAUGUGGAGGACGACGCUGUUCGCCGUGCUAGCGCCCUAAGCAACCCUGCUAAGCGCGCUGCGCAAAACCACCACGAGCAUAUGACUGAGACCGUCGCCGAGACCAAGGAGAGCGACGGAGGCAGCAGCGAGGAGAAAUAA